AUGGCGCGACUCCUCCACUCUGCUAUAAUCGCCACCUUUGUUCUGCUUGCGGUUGGACAGUGUAGCAAUGCAGUCCUGACGGAGGCUGAAGUGUUCUGGCGCACCGUCCUGCCCGAUUCUCCGCUCCCGGACCCCAUCCUCAAGCUCCUCCAUCCUGAGACCAGCUUUGCAAACAAACCAAAGGAUGAUACGGCUGCUGAAGCGUACUCCCUGACAUGGUUAAUGUGGGGGCUUCGCUCCCCCUCUAGACCGACCAAGCACUCGUCUCCCAGGCCAUCUAAGGAUGAUACGGUUGCUGAAGCCUACUCCCUGACUAGGUUAAUGUGGGGGCUUCGCUCCCCCUCUAGACCGACCAAGGACUCAUCUCCCAUGCCACCCCAUGUCCGUGACCACAGCACUGACGAGUAUCUGGCCCAGGGGCUCUUCUUCCGUGAGGAGGCACUGCAAGUAGCCAGCGCACCGUUCGCGCUACUGCCGCGCCAUGUGGCGGACUCCAUUCCAUUCUCGACGUCCUCGCUGCCGAGCGCCCUCGCUCGGCUUGGUGUCGCCAGGAACUCCGUGCAGGCAGCCAACAUGGAGGAGACGCUAUACAUGUGUGGCCUGCCACCAAAGGCAGGGGCACCUAAGCAACCGUACACCGUACGAGCUGUACACCCGGUGGAUGGGUCGAGCUUCGUGUCAUGCCACGACCAUAACUACCCGUACACCGUCUACAUGUGCCAUAACACACCUGCGACGAGGGCGUACAUGGUGGAGCUGGAGGGUGCCGGUAGUGGCCUUGUCGUCACUGUUGCCGUGAUUUGUCACACUGACACGUCCCACUGGGACGCCGAGCAUUUCUCCUUCAAGGUCCUCGGCACCAAGCCUGGCGCCGGACCAAUCUGCCACUAUCUGCCGUAUGGGCACAACGUGUGGGUCAAGAAGGAGGCAAAUCGCUCGUCAUCCUAA